AUGGCCGCCGCCUUCGAUGAGGAAGACCUCUCCAUUCCCCUGCCCCCCUCCAACCACGAUCGUGAUUGUGUCAGGGCCCCCAGCUCAAACCCCUCCGCCAUGGCAAUGCCCCCGCCCUCGCGCCCGACCGGCAGACCCGAGGCCGAGACACAGUCCCCGGCAACCACACGAGACAUGCAGCGCCUCGACCAAUACCACACGGUGAAGAUCUUGGGAGAGGGCUCAUUCGGGAAGGUGAAGCUUGCUAUUCACCAACCGAGUGGGAGGCAAGUCGCUCUGAAGAUUAUCUCGCGUCGCAAGCUACUCUCGCGGGAUAUGGUCGGUCGUGUGGAGCGGGAGAUUCAGUAUCUUCAAUUGUUGCGACACCCACACAUCAUCAAAUUAUAUACGGUUAUUGCGACCAAGACCGAUAUUGUGAUGGUGUUGGAGUACGCUGAACGAGAGUUGUUUGAUUAUCUGGUGAGGAAGGGAAAGUGCAACGACGACGAAGCCCGCAAAUUCUUUCAACAAAUCAUCUGCGCCGUGGAGUAUUGUCAUCGACACAAGAUCGUGCACCGGGACCUGAAGCCGGAGAACUUGCUUAUCGACAGCCAGAAGAACGUUAAGAUUGCCGACUUCGGUUUGAGUAAUAUCAUGACGGAUGGCAAUUUCUUGAAGACAAGCUGUGGCAGCCCCAACUAUGCAGCUCCAGAGGUGAUUUCGGGAAAGCUCUACGCAGGUCCCGAGGUGGACGUUUGGAGUUGUGGUGUGAUUCUUUAUGUGCUUUUGGUCGGCAGGCUGCCUUUCGACGACGACUACAUCCCCGCUCUCUUCAAGAAGAUUGCAGCCGGCACAUUUCACAUCCCCGGCUAUAUCUCUCAGGGGGCAGCCCGGUUGAUCCGGGCAAUGCUCCAGGUUCACCCAGUGCACAGAAUUACUAUUCCGGAGAUCCGGCAGGAUCCGUGGUUUCUCAAAAACCUGCCCAAGUAUCUGCAGCCGCCACCCGACGAAUUUAUCGAGACGGGCGUGGAUCCAAACAAGGCGAUUGAGAAGGGCAAGCUUGCCCCAGGAAAGCCACUUCCUGUACAGCACAAGAUUCACCAGGUCGCCGUUUCGAAGCUCGAGCGGAGCAUGGGCUAUGGCCGCGAAGAUAUUGAAGACGCUUUACGGCAUCCGGAACCCAGUGCCAUCAAAGAUGCCUUUUCUAUUGUCGCCGAGAAUGAAAUGAUGCAGACCAACUCUCCCACAGAAGAUAGCCUGAUGGCCGACAACAUCCCUACCCAGUACAAAGAACCAGCUUCCCCUACAGCCAAGCGGACUUCUACGGUGCCCCGAACUCAGACGCCAUCCACACCGAUGGUUGCCCGAACUCCAAGUGUCUCGCGCCGGAUGCCCCCGGAGGAGGCCCAACAACCCGAAUCCGAAGACUAUGAACCGAUUCGUGUCAGCCAUGUCCGGAUUUUGCCAACAAGUCUGCCUUAUGUUCACGACCAGCUUAUGGAGCAACGUGACCGGGAGCAAAAAGCCCGGAACCAAAUUCUCGAGGAACGUCGACAAGAAGCCGCGAGACUCGAGGAAAGCGGUCAAGUUUCUGAACGCCGGGAGCUCUCUCCUGAGGAACAGGCUGCCACAGCUCGAGCAUUGAAGCCUCAUGCGCGCAGUGUUGUCGACUUGGGAAAAUUGCAUCUGGAGCCACCCACUGGUCGGCCCAACACACAACCACCAAAGAGAUCCCGCAAGUGGCAAUUUGGUAUUCGCUCUCGAAAUCAACCCUAUGAGGCGAUGUUGUAUCUGUACCGGGCGAUUGCUGCGCAGGGCGGCUUGUGGGAUAUACAGCCCGUCGAAGCUGGUUCACAAAUCGCUGCUGGCUCGGGAUCUCCUGACACAUCCAAACCUCUGCAAAGCAAAUACCCUGAUCUUCCUUCGGAUUAUUACAUCCCCAAGGAUCCAUGGUUCAUUCGCGCACGGUUGUUGAAAGAAGGCGUCAAAGCCCCAGGAGCCUCUACGAGUGUGUAUAACAGCCGUAGUGACCUCGGCGAGCUGCGUCGCCGCUUUAACAUCACGGGUAUUGCUGCUCCUACUGAAGACAAGGACAAGGACAAGGAAUCCAACAUCCCCACACCCGACGCCACGUCUGGCCCCUCCUCGGCGACCCAGCAGGGUGGGCUGCCACGAAUCUCUUACGGAGUCUGGGUCUUUCUCGACAUCCAACUGUACCAGCUUGAAGAGAACAACUACAUGGUCGACUUCAAGUGCGACGGCUACCAGAACGUCAUCCGCGCUGAAGGCGACUCCGAGUGGUACCCGAUCAGCAAACGCCUCAGGAACAAAGAGAAGGAAGUCACCAGCCCGUACCCCUUCCUCGAUGUGGCGUCUGACCUCGUGGCCCAGUUAGCUGUCGCCAGCUGA